AUGUCUGCGAUGACUGAGAGAAUGAGACCCGCUCCGCUCAUUCUGACCCCGCCCGACUCACCCACCGCGCCUGCCAAGGGCUUUCGCGGCGCCACCCCGCCUCCAUCCUCGCCGUCUUCACCGUCUUCGCUCGAGUUUGAGGCCAAAGACAGCAGGCGUAUGAGCCGCUUGCCACCUCUGCGCCGUCCACACCGCGCCCAGGACGACGCUUUUGUUAGGCGUCACGUUCUCGGUGCAUCCUCUCCCAUAAACGUGGAUGAGGACGAGUACACGGCCGCGGUGCCAGACUCUUAUGCGCCCAAGCGCAAAGGAUUCCGCCUCUCCAGACUGCCAUCCGACGCUCCCGCGUCCACGCACACGAGAUCAGAUCCAACCGUACAUCCAUCUGCAUCUACCGCUCCCAAGCACAGCUUAUCUUCUCGGCCGCAGCUGCCGACACCAUCGCCUCCUGCGCCGUCGCCACCGCGCACAAGCCGUCUGACCGGCCCGCGUCCUCCGCGACAUUCACGCUCUUCAUCGCUGUCUACGCCUAGCGCAACCAUCUCGGCGCUCUUCCCGUCAACCGCGCCCGCAUCAGCAAGUUCGGCAUCAGGCAUCUUCACUGCGUCACCAUUUCCCCACACUCCUUCGCCACUCCCGUCCACUGCGACUAUCCCACCCUCAGCUUACACGCGCGGCCGCACUACCUCGCUCAACGAUGUCGAUUCCACUUCCCUGCCUGGCGCAAAUGCGUCUUCCCCGCCUUCUGCUUUUACACAAGGAGGAGCGUAUAUACGCAAACGCACGAUCUCGCUUGGAAAUGCGGGAUUGACCAUCAACACCGACAUCAAGCCCGCAGGACGGAUGCUCCCCAUCCCGCGCCGAUCUAGUUCGACUGUACCCGCACCAGCACCUGGUCAUACAGCUCGCACAAAUGCGGCCCCACCACCUUCGCUAUCUCGUACGACCUCGAUUUCAAGCGCCGGUCGCCAUACUCGGUCUAACUCCAGUAUGAGCACGAGUACUCGCCCUCCCUCGCGAUCUUCCACCGGCAUGCCCAGGCCCGCAGGUGCUCGCGCUCCCAGCAGUAGCAGACCUCCAUCACUAGCACCACUCGCGCGGCCGUCUGCCGAAGCACCUUACGCAGAAACAGCAUAUUCGGCUAGCAAACCCGCGCCGUCGCCCGCAGUCUCCGUAGGCCGACGCGAGUCGUACAGACCGCUUCCACCAGCCCCCAGUCGCCGUGCUUCCGCCCAGGACUCUCAUGUUGCGAACCCGCAUGGUGUGGACUCGACACAUGUUCCGAUGCACACACUUGAUGUGCCUAUGAGCGUCACCACUUCUCCCGCUCCGUCAAGCGCGACGUACGUCGAGACACCUUCACUAGCUCAGUAUGUCUCGCCGUCGUCUAAGCGAUCACCUGCGGACAAACCCACACUCGAAGCUUCACUCACGCGCGUAAAACAAGAGCGGGGCUCUGAUUCGGAGCAAGACUCGCCCGAUGAAGUUUACGACUAUCGUGCGCUCAAGCGGAAUGCGAGGAAUAGUGGACAACACCUGCUCAGAGCCGAUGAGCCAGCACUAUAUGGAGAUGGAGGAAGUGAAGAUGAGUGGGAGGAGCUAUCGGGGCACGAGAAGGUUGUCAAGCCUAGUCGCACGUCGACGCUUUUUGCACUAGGUGCACACGCCGUGCCACCCACGACUCCCGCGCAGCACGACAUACUCUCACCUACUUCCCCCGACCAGCACGUAUCGCCAGCAAGAUAUAACCAAUACGCCGCGAUGCCCGAGACGCCCGCUCAUCUGCAAGAGCCUCCCGCCUCCGCGCCCAUCAACCCGCCCAGCGCUGAUUCCAUGCGGUGGGCAAGUUCGGCACAAUGGACGGGCGUCGUAUCGUCUGGCUCGGAGUACUCGGUGCCCAGCACAGUACUUCUUUCGCCACACCCUCCGGCCUCCGCGCCAGUCCCGCUUUCGGCGCCUCCGAAUGCAAUGGCGUUUGCUCUGGCCACAAAUGAUCGGCUUGUCGAGAGUCCACUCGCGAAUGCCGAACGCGCCUUUGGCCGGGCGCUGGCGGACGCGAGCGACGAUGCACCUAAGAGCGUACCUCUCGCACUUCGUCCCGGCCACUCUGAUUCUUCGACGAAACCUGCUACGCGCAAGCCCGUCUCACCGAAACGCGCACCCGCCACCCCGGACAAAUCGACAGCAUUCUUCCACACCGCGCCCUCGUCUCCGAAGCCCAAGGCCAGCUCGCCUACGUCGUCUGCCCCUGCUCCGGUCAAGAAACGUCGCGCAAAGAAGACGAGCGCAGACGCGAGCGGGUUCAGCUUCGUGCGAGGUGCUGAUGGGCGUAUCACGCGUGUACCGGUACCUGGAGGAUCCCCAGCAGCUACGAUCGCUUCCCCAAUGCCCCCUACUUCGAAGAGGCCUCCCAGCGUAAUCUCCGCUGCGAAGACAUUGGCUCCUGCCGCCGUGGUUCCCUCCGUCUGCGUCUCCGAUUCCGCCUCAGAAGCGCACAGCACCCCACCCAGUACCCCGCGACUCCAGCGUCUACGCUCGAAACGGUCAUUCAAGACACCAUCUCCUGCGCCCAGUUUACGCGAGAUCAGACCAGCGCCGAGUGCAUUCACUGGGAUAGGCAUCUCUGAGGCCGAUGACGCGGAACCUUCGGACCCGGCAGCUGCGCUUCAAAGGCUGAACGGAGGUGCUUCGGGUAGCGGUGCUUCAACGGAAGAUGGCGAAGGUGUUAUUGUUCCCCCCGCACGUCGAGAGUCUCUCGCAUACGUUCCUUCUCGCAAUAACUCUAUCGCGGCUCGUCGCGAGUCCUCUACCACACACUCGCGCCGCUCCUCGGUCGUAGGUCCGCGAGCGCCUGUGCGUAUCAGCGUCGGUGCGGCACAGCGCAAACGGCUGUCCAAGAGAAUGUCCGUACGUAGAGCAGCCCCUGAUGCUGGCUCUACCGCCGGCGAUAGUGCUACGGCGAGCGGUUUGCAGACACCCAGAGCACAAGACGUAGAGCCUAGUACGGAGGAAGCGAGGAUGGAGAGGCUUGAUGUGGAGGACAGUGCGCUGCGCUCUCGCGGUGCGCGUUCGUCCGCCAGCUCUUCCGCGCCGACGCUCACUCUAUCCAUCCCGCCCUCGCCAUCCAUCUCAGCGCCAUCAACGACUGUGCCAACUCAGGCCGCUCAACCCGUCGCUGUGCCCGAAACACCCUCACUCGAUGAUCCCGGCGCCCUGCCUUCGCCGCUCAACACUGCCACAAUGCCUUCUCCCGGAAGAGUUGCGGAAUGGACUCGCGCGCGAUACCGCGACUCACUCGUGCCGCCGCCUGGAGAGCCGCCCGCAUCACCCAAUACUAUCCUUCGCAGGCUGCGUGAAGGGAAUGCAGGCAGGAGUGAGGCCCCUCCUCGACCGUCUUCACCUACGAUCGCGCUCGUAUCAUCUGCAGAAAGGCCGAACGUCACCGAGGCGGCGAUUAUAUCUCAUCCUGCACGCGAGGGUGCAGGCUCGCGAGGCGAGGGUCAGGAGGGUCAGGUUCAACGCGUGUUCACGGAGCUGGAUCGCGCCCUCCUGCUACUUGACGUGGACCCCGAGCUCGAGCUGCCCGAAGACGAGCCACUACCAGCCUACAUGCUCACUGCAGCCGUAGCGGAUGGCGAGCGUAGUCUUGACCGCGGACCGCGCAGACCACACGGCGCGAUACGCCCGCCACCCAGCUACGCCAGCUUAGGUAUACGGCCUCCAAAACCGCAGCGUACGGGCGGUGGUGGUUUGCGAGCGUUGUUCGCGAGGAAUAAUGCGAGCCGGAACACUGUCGGGGAUGAAAGCGGAAACGAGAGUGAAGGAGGCAGACGACGCGGUUUGAGGCGCUUCUUCGGUAGCGGCAGCACUGGAGAUCUUCGUAUGAUGGAGGCAGAACCGCGUCGCUCAACAUCGUCCUUGGCGCCAUCCUACAUGUCAACAACCGGCCGCGAACUUGCGCCGCCGUCGUCGCUCAGGCCGAACGCUUCGUCUAUCAACGCGCGCAGGCCCUCGCAUGCUAUGAGCCUUAGUGCGGAUAUGGCUAGCAGCGAGCCGCCUCGCCCUGAGAGCUCUCUGCGCGCCGGCUCGCUUGAUGUUCGUAGCUCGAGUGCUAUGGAGCUUAGCAGAACCGAGACUAGGCAGAGUGAACAAACGACGCAUUCGCGCAUGGACGAAGACUCGGCGGAGGCGUCUCCGUUCCCGAGUAGCACACCUUCCGUUGGCCGGCCACUCCUACGCGAUGGGCGCAUUCUGGUGUACCCUGAAGGCCACGAAUGCUCUAUGUGUAACAACACCGGCUUUGCGCACGACGAUCCAAACCACGCAUGCGAGAUAUGCUGGAACAAACACUCUCGACCCUUCACGUCGGUCCUCGCGCGUUUCUUCCGUCGUGGAGUUGCGAAGAAGGACCGUGCGCGGCUGCAGAAGCCACUGCGCGCACCGAACAGUGCGCCAGGGAACAUACAGAGCUUUGCUGUCGGUGAACAGGCUGGUCCGAGCGUCACCGCCAGUACGCACUCGCACGCCAGCCAUCGUCACCAGUGA